AUGACCUCCUCCCCUGCUGCCCCAUCUUCGAUCCCCUCGAUCCACGGGCAAAGCCCUCAUCAGCAGGGACAAGAUUGCCCAGCUGGGCAACAGGAUCAGCCGCAACAUGACAGAAAUGACGAAAGACAGUCUUCUCCAUCCAACAGCCCAACGACAAAGGCAGGAGAGUCGGCUACGCUGCCACAUCCCAAACUGCGCCUGCAUGUUCAGGAUCUCCGCCAUCCGGCCUCGAGCGCCUUUCUCUCCCUGCUCCCCAAUGUCGAAUCCGUGCUGGAUACCGCGCUGGCCGCAAUCAUCGAGCAUCUCUACACUUCCACAGCCGUUUCCAAGCCAGUGACGAAUACCCCACUGUCUCCUUUUACCCCCACCGUGCCGCCCACCCGGUCUGUGACGCUCGUGCUGCGCGACUUUGAGGGCGUAGCGUAUACGACAGGAACAGAGCUCGAUGACGAUCACAAGGAGAUUCACUUCUCCCUGUCCUACAUCCACAGCACCUGCCGCGGGAAUCCGGAUCCGGUGAAAGAGUUGACGGGGGUGCUCACCCACGAGCUCGUCCAUUGCUAUCAGCACACGGCUCCAAAGGGCACUGCGGCUCCACAUCCCCCAGGAGGCCUCAUCGAGGGCAUUGCGGACUUUGUCCGUCUGAAAGCGGACCUGGAGCCCCCGCACUGGAAACGACCGUCGUCAGCCAAGGACCGUGCAUCGCGAUGGGACCAAGGGUACCAGCACACGGCGUACUUUCUCGCGUGGCUCGAAGACGUCCGCAUCGGACGGGGUGCCAUUGGGCUGCUGAACGAUCGUCUCUUGCGGACGGGUUACACUGGGGAAGAGGGUGGUGAUGAUAAAGACCAGCAGCGGAUCAGUUUCUGGAAGGGGCUUUUCGGAGCAGACGUUUUGGAGCUGUGGGAAGAAUACGGUAGGUAUCUAGACGAGGGUAACGAAAUCCAGCGGCUGCAGUCCUAG